UAAAGAAAACAUAUGCACAACAGAGACAAGUCCACCGGAGAUAUUUGAGGCGUAUAUAAAGCAACACCGCAAAGAUUUCUCCGCAUUCCUCAGCUCAAGGGGCGAAGAAAUGGUACGAGGGGGCCAUAUGGUAUUGACGUUUGUUGGUGGAAGACUAAAAGAUCAUGCCUCGUUAAAACAAGCCACACUGAUUUCGCUUCUGGGGAAAACCCUUGCUGAAAUGGUUGCAGAGGGGGUGAUCAAGGAGGCUGAUUUGCAUUCAUUCAACUUGCCAAUAUAUCCACCAAGCAAGGAACAAGUUGAGGAAAUUGUUCGAAGUGAAGGGUCGUUUGAUUUGAACGAACUCGAGGAAUUUGCACUCCCGUGGGAUGUACAUGUUACGAGUAGUGCUAAACUAGACAAGAACGGUUGGGCGAAACUCGUGACGAAUUUCAUUCGGGCUUUUUCGGAGCCGACAUUGGCUGCACAUUUUGGAAGCUCUAUUAUGAAUGAAGUGUUUGAAAGGUAUGGAAAGAAAAUGGUGGAGGUUGAUUCCAAGGAGAUACCACCAUUUCCCAAUAUGGUCAUUUCCUUAACUAAGAAAUGAAAAAAA